CCUGUGCACAGAGCAUAGAUGAGAGCUAGCUGGAGAGGAAGAGAGGAUGGGAGGGGAGGAGGCAGGCUGAGGGAAGGAGCAAGAGGGAAGAGAGAAUGAAGGGCAAGACCAGCGCUAGCCAUGCCUGUCCUAACAGCAGUCACCUAGCAGUGGCCCAGCCUGCUGAGAACUAGAAAAUCAGAAGAAAAAGGAGAAUCUACCAGGAGACCCAGGUUCUCAUGAGCAGGGACCAUCAUCUGAAGUUAAUGGAAGCUGAGCGGGGUCCUGACCAUGUGCCUUCUGAUGGGCGAUGAGACUUUCCUCUGAAAGCUAAGGUAACUCUGAAGCGUGAGCUGCCAGAAUUCAAGGCCACCUGCUUAAUAGAAGACAGCUAGAAACCUCAUCCAUGAGCAUAGCGCAGACCAUGAAUUACGUGGGGCAGUUAGCCGGCCAGGUGUUCGUCACCGUGAAGGAGCUCUACAAGGGGCUAAACCCCGCCACGCUGUCGGGGUGCAUUGACAUCAUCGUCAUCCGCCAGCCCAAUGGAAACCUCCAGUGCUCCCCUUUCCAUGUCCGCUUUGGGAAGAUGGGGGUCCUGCGCUCCCGAGAGAAAGUGGUUGACAUAGAAAUCAAUGGGGAAUCUGUGGAUUUGCACAUGAAAUUGGGAGAUAAUGGAGAAGCAUUUUUUGUUCAAGAAACAGAUAAUGAUCAGGAAGUCAUCCCCAUGCACCUGGCCACCUCCCCCAUCCUGUCAGAAGGAGCUUCGAGAAUGGAAUGCCAGCUGAAAAGGAGCACUGUGGACAGGAUGAGAGGCCUGGACCCCAGCACGCCAGCCCAGGUGAUGGCUCCCAGUGAGACACUGUCAAGCGGCUCAGUAGUAAAGAAGAGAAGGAAAAGGAGGAGAAAGUCGCAGCUGGACAGCCUAAAGAGAGAUGACAACAUGAACACGUCUGAGGACGAGGACAUGUUCCCCAUUGAGAUGAGCUCGGACGAGGCCAUGGAGCUGCCAGACAGCAGCAGAGCUCUUCCUAAUGAUAUACCUCCAUUCCAAGAUGAUAUUCCCAAGGAAAACCUCUCCCCGGCUGUGACUUACCCUCAGUCAGCCUCAUACCCUAAUUCAGAUAGAGAGUGGUCACCCACUCCCAGUAGCCUGAUAGAUUGCAAAAGGACUGCCCCUCAUCCAGCAGUUGCGGCCGAGGGCGGUCUGUCUAGUUCUUGCCCUCCAGAGUCUUCCCUGUUCCAUCCUGCGGAAAGUCCUUCCGGUUCCCGACCUUCAACACCUAAAAGCGAUUCAGAAUUGGUCAGCAAGUCCACGGACAGGACAGGGCAGAAGAAUAACCCAGAAAUGCUCUGGUUGUGGGGAGAGCUGCCGCAGGCUGCUAAGUGUUCUCUGCACAAGAUGAAAGAGUCCAGCCCAUUGGUCAGUAGAAAAAUUUGUGAUAAAAGCCACUUUCAGGCCAUCCACAGUGAAUCUUCAGAUACUUUUAGUGACCAAUCACCAACUCUGGCCGAGGGGACACUUUUGGAUCAGAACAAGUCUCAGACAGAAAUGCACUUUGUGAAUGAAGAAGACCUGGAGACGCUGGGAGCAGCAGCGCCGCUCUUGCCCAUGAUCGAGGAGCUCAAACCCCCUUCUGCCGGUGUAGUCCAGAUGGCAAACAAGACGGACUCUCCUAGGAAAAAAGAUAAACGAAGCCGACAUCUUGGUGCUGACGGCGUCUACCUGGAUGACCUCACAGACAUGGACCCUGAAGUGGCGGCCCUGUAUUUUCCCAAAAACGGAGACCCUUCCGGCCUCGCAAAACAUGCCAGCGACAACGGAGCCCGAUCAGCCAACCAGUCCCCACAGUCUGUGGGCAGCUCGGGCAUGGACAGUGGCAUGGAGAGCACCUCGGACGGGCUGAGGGACCUCCCUUCCAUCGCCAUCUCCCUCUGCGGGGGCCUCAGCGACCACCGGGAGAUCACUAAAGAUGCAUUUCUGGAGCAGGCUGUGUCGUAUCAACAGUUUGUGGACAACCCUGCUAUUAUCGAUGACCCCAAUCUUGUGGUAAAGAUUGGGAGUAAAUAUUAUAACUGGACCACAGCAGCACCUCUCCUCCUGGCAAUGCAGGCCUUCCAGAAACCUUUGCCAAAGUCUUCAUGCUUAAGUUACCUUCAUGUAAUUUUGGACGCCAUUAGGUUUUGCUUUUCUAAAAUUUUUAACCCACAAAUAGCCACUGUGGAAGCUAUCAUGAGGGAUAAGAUGCCCAAAAAGGGAGGAAGAUGGUGGUUUUCAUGGAGGGGAAGAAACACCACGAUCAAGGAGGAAAGCAAGCCAGAGCAGUGCUUGGUUGGCAAGGGCCAUAGCACCGGAGAGCAACCGCCGCAGCUCGGCAUGGCCACCAGGGUAAAGCAUGAAUCAUCCUCCAGUGAUGAGGAGCGUGCAGCUGCCAAGCCGUCAAAUGCAGGCCACCUCCCGCUUCUGCCUAACGUCAGCUACAAGAAGACUCUCCGGCUGACUUCCGAGCAGCUUAAAAGCUUGAAGUUGAAGAAUGGCCCCAAUGACGUGGUUUUCAGCGUCACCACGCAGUACCAAGGCACCUGCCGCUGUGAGGGCACCAUCUAUCUGUGGAACUGGGACGAUAAAGUCAUCAUUUCUGAUAUUGAUGGGACGAUCACCAGAUCGGAUACUCUUGGCCACAUUUUGCCUACCCUUGGGAAGGAUUGGACCCACCAGGGCAUUGCUAAGCUGUACCAUAAAGUGAGCCAAAAUGGAUAUAAGUUUCUUUACUGCUCUGCCCGUGCCAUCGGGAUGGCGGACAUGACGCGGGGCUACCUACACUGGGUCAACGAGAGGGGCACGGUGCUCCCUCAGGGGCCCCUGCUGCUCAGCCCCAGCAGCCUCUUCUCCGCUCUGCACAGAGAAGUGAUUGAAAAGAAGCCAGAAAAGUUUAAAGUCCAGUGUCUGACAGACAUCAAAAACCUGUUUUUCCCCAAUACGGAACCUUUUUAUGCUGCUUUUGGAAACCGCCCAGCUGAUGUGUAUUCAUACAAGCAAGUAGGAGUGUCUUUGAAUAGAAUAUUUACCGUCAACCCUAAGGGAGAGCUGGUACAGGAGCAUGCGAAGACCAACAUCUCAUCGUACGUCAGGCUCUGUGAAGUGGUUGACCACGUUUUCCCAUUGCUGAAAAGAAGCCAUUCUUCAGACUUUCCCUGCUCGGAUACCUUCAGUAACUUCACCUUUUGGAGAGAGCCACUGCCACCUUUUGAAAACCAGGACAUUCAUUCUGCCUCCUCGUAAAAUGUCCCAAGCAGCCUCUUGCCAGCAAGCGCAGAGCCUGGUGGUCACCCAUUAAAAGAUAGUUCUCCCCAGAUGCGUCCAGCUGGGAGCUUGACGCAUUGCCAUUUGCCUGACAGCAGAGAGAGUUGAGAAGCAUUUCUCCCCUGCCCCACCCCAGGGGGGAUGUUUCUAAGCAAGAUAGGAAGGGAGUACUUUCUAGGCGAGGAACUGGGUGCAUUUGUACCGUGAAAAGCAUUCCUCAGUUGUGGCUGAAUGCCGGUUACCCGCUUUCCGGCCUGCCCCAGCAAGUAGCCGUUGGUUUAUGUGCAGCUUGGGCCGGUGAAACCGAGGAAGAAGGUGGCUGUCUGAGGGCCGUCCCUGCCUAGGACAGGGUCAGUCGAGGAACACCAGAUGUGCACGGUUAUUGGCAAAGUAGGGGGCACAUUUCCGUUAUAGUGAUGUUAGUGCCGCCACCUUCUGAACACAGCGGGGAAGGGAAGGGAAGGCUCACGUGACCGGGAUCUGAGUCUCCGAUGGGAAUCGAGGCAUCACCGGAUCCCGGCCUGGCCUCAGAUCUGGCCUUGUGGAUGAGCCCCUUGCAGUAUUUGCUGACUCUCAUGUUUAGGUGAUAAGUUUUUCUUUAAUUCCAUUGGUUAAUGAUAGCCUAUUUAAUUGGCAUAUCUCCCCCCAUUAUUUUUUGUGGCUCAAGGCCGGAAUAUUUAUGCCUUAACAUGUGUAUGGCAGACAUUUUAUUUAGAAUGCGCUUUGUCUAGCUCUUGGCAACUUUGUAACACCUUGGAUGAAAACGAUAGUAUUACUAAGGUGGUAUUUUGAGUGAGUUCCAUACUGCCGGCUUCCUUUCAUCCAGCAAGGUGGUGCUGAAGACGGACUUCAGUGCACGUAACGCCAAAUGUGAACGAUACCAACUCCUAUUGGGAGCUCGCCAGAGAAACUGGUUGGUUUUAAGAAAAUAGUUUCAAGAAGUUAAAAUAUAUUCUUUGUAGAUAUUAUUUAUUGUUUUACUCUGCUUAGGUUACUGUGACAGGCAUUUUAGUCAUAUUCUUUCUAUCCCACUGUCACGGAUAUAUUGAAAAGAUAAUCUGUGUUAGACUAUUCAAAGGGCCUUAUUCUCUCUCUCUCAUAGACUGACCUUCUUUGGGAAUUUCUGAGUCAUUUCUUUUCCUUAGCUUUUUCCACUCAAAUUAAGGGCAAGUGAAAAAGUAGUAAUUUGAGUGGCAUUCUUUAAGCCGACAGAAUGUGAUUCUUUUACCUGUUCAUUACACCGGCUUAUGGAGAGAGCCAUUUAAAAAGUGUAUGAAUUAUUUUGGUAAAAGAUUUUGCUUUACUUUUUGAAGCAUUAUUUUUUUAAAGAGUGUUUUACUCUAACGAUUGAAGCAUUUUCCUAUUUAAAUUUCAUUGUUAGAGUCACAGGAGGCAAAAAAUGGAACGUUUGAAUGCAAUUUUACUCUUUCUGUGAAAGAAAAUCCACAGAGUUGGUGCCUCCGUUAUAGUGGUGGGCUGUUAGCAUCGGCUGCCUUUGCUGAAUGGUUCAUGUGGACACACAAAGGCAGACCUGGAUCUGCCAUGGAUUGCAGAUUUCUGUAGAAACGGAUGUGCAUGCGCAGAUUCCCUUUUGGAGAUAUUAAAAAUAAUUUAAAAUAGUCCUGCCUGAGGUUGCAGGGAGCCAAGAUCACACCACUGCACUCCAGCCUGGGCAACAGACUCCUUCUCAAAAGGAAAAAGUAGUCCUGCCUUAACUAACUCCUCUGCUUGUUCACUAGUAACCUAAGGAGGGUAUAUUCAUUCUUUAUGCAAUGAGGGUAUUUUUGAGUGAAUUUUAACUGCUGUGAACUCAGCAUAAGCUCAUGUUGGCUUGCAAAGGUUCACACGGUUUCUCCUUUGCGCCCGGGAGGAACUUUGGCUGUGAGAAUGGGGUGACAUAUCCCUCAAUUCCGUUCACCUCUGAGCGAUCCUCUGCAGCAGUGCACUCUCCAGGUGGAGUUUCAGAGCGUGCAGUUUUGGACUCUGAAUUUUGAGGUACCUUAAACUUCCACAUCUCUGCACCCUGAAACAAAGCGUGUCUUCCAGAAAGUCACACUCAGAUCUGUGUCAAGUUCAGUGUGAGCCCUAGCGAGGCCAGUUUCUAAAAAUGAGAUGGUCAAUGGGUUGCACUCAUGCAUAUGCAAGUUGAUUUAUCUCUGUGUACAUGACUAUAACCCAGUGACACUGGGGUCAUGUGCUGGAAUGCCGUAUUUGGACCACACAUUUCAAAGUUGCCCUAUGGAAAUGAGUCACACCCAGUGACAAGUCUUCCAAUGUUUGUCACCUGUGAUGAAGAAAAGUACGUAUACCUGGCAUAGAAAAAAACAUAUACCUGGUACAUUGGAGAAAAAUAAUUAUACUUUCAAAGAGACUUCCCUUGGCAAUUUUAGGUUUGGAUCACCGCGGCAAGCACACUUGAUUUACAUUUGAUCUGUAUUUGUAUAUGCUGGUACAAUGAUGAAAAUCACUAUCACACUUCAUUGUGUUGCACUGGAUGCAAAGUUAGAAAAUAUUGUAAUAAAUGAGACUGAUGAAAGACUUCUCUGAAAAUGAGGCAUGUGAAUUUUACAUAGUUUUUGGUAAGUUGUUAAGUUGUUGAUUUUCUGGGGGUGUCAUCAAGCAUAUUCUAAAAAUAUAUCUUUAGGCUAUGAAUUGUUCACGAUUUGGAAUGGAUGUUUUUUCCUGAUGCUUUAGAUUUAAAUGGGUAGAACACCAACCUUCUCUAUGAACUUGGGAGGGAACAGAGGGAUGAAGGAGGAGAGGAGCAGGCUGUACCCGGGGCCCUCUCUGCCCUGGUGGGAUGAUUCGGGAGCAGGGAGGUUUCAGUCAAGUGAAUUUCGUGAAGUGCCUCCCAGGGCCUGGCCCAGAAUCAGUGUUCCCCAACCUCAUAUCUGCUGUCCUCAUUUUUUGGACUCUUCUCGGUGGUGUACCCCAGAUUCGUUCUUUAUUUUGAAUGAAUCAAAAUCCUUGACUAGUCCAAUCAUAUAAGCUGAAAACUGUCAUAAUUCCUAUCGAUUUUACAUGUCGACCUGGCAGGAGAUUUCCUAUUGAUUUACCUGUGUCAGCCUAAGCAUUUCUGGAAUAAAUGAAAAAGUAUUGGCCCCUAAAGGCAACAUAGCUGGCCAAGAUCCUAGGCGGAAUUCCUAACGAAACCUAAAUCCAAACAGUUCAUCUCUAGGUGCCUGUAGAAUUAAUGCUUUUGCAUCUUAAAAAACAAAACCUCAUUUUGUUCAGCACCAUCACGGAUUUGUUCCAACUCUGACUUCAAUGUGUGGGCUCUUUUAUCUAUAAAAUAAAGAUUUGCCUAGACUGUU